CCCCAACCCCCUCAUCUUCCACUCGUUCAAUUCCUCUUUACGGUAAGCGGAAGGAAAGCUUUCCAAAUUUCCUCUCAAGAUGCAGAUCUUCGUCAAGACCCUUACCGGCAAGACCAUCACCCUUGAGGUGGAGUCCUCGGAUACCAUCGACAACGUUAAGGCAAAGAUUCAAGACAAGGAGGGCAUCCCCCCAGACCAGCAGCGUCUGAUCUUUGCCGGCAAGCAGCUCGAGGACGGCCGCACCCUUGCCGACUACAAUAUUCAGAAGGAAUCCACCCUCCAUCUCGUCCUUCGACUCCGGGGUGGCAUGCAGAUCUUCGUGAAGACCCUCACCGGCAAGACCAUCACCCUUGAGGUGGAGUCCUCCGAUACCAUCGACAACGUUAAGGCAAAGAUUCAAGACAAGGAGGGCAUCCCCCCAGACCAGCAGCGUCUGAUCUUUGCCGGCAAGCAGCUCGAGGACGGCCGCACCCUUGCCGACUACAAUAUUCAGAAGGAAUCCACCCUCCAUCUCGUCCUUCGACUCCGGGGUGGCAUGCAGAUCUUCGUGAAGACCCUCACCGGCAAGACCAUCACCCUUGAGGUGGAGUCCUCCGAUACCAUCGACAACGUUAAGGCAAAGAUUCAAGACAAGGAGGGCAUCCCCCCAGACCAGCAGCGUCUGAUCUUUGCCGGCAAGCAGCUCGAGGACGGCCGCACCCUUGCCGACUACAAUAUUCAGAAGGAAUCCACCCUCCAUCUCGUCCUUCGACUCCGGGGUGGCAUGCAGAUCUUCGUGAAGACCCUCACCGGCAAGACCAUCACCCUUGAGGUGGAGUCCUCCGAUACCAUUGACAACGUUAAGGCAAAGAUUCAAGACAAGGAGGGCAUCCCCCCAGACCAGCAGCGCCUGAUCUUUGCCGGCAAGCAGCUCGAGGACGGCCGCACCCUUGCCGACUACAAUAUUCAGAAGGAAUCCACCCUCCAUCUCGUCCUCCGACUCCGGGGCGGCAUGCAGAUCUUCGUCAAGACCCUCACCGGCAAGACCAUUACCCUCGAGGUCGAGAGCUCCGACACCAUCGACAAUGUCAAGGCUAAGAUCCAGGAUAAGGAGGGUAUCCCCCCUGACCAGCAGCGUUUGAUCUUUGCCGGCAAGCAGCUCGAGGACGGCCGCACCCUUGCCGACUACAAUAUCCAGAAGGAAUCCACCCUCCAUCUCGUCCUCCGACUCCGGGGUGGCAUGCAGAUCUUCGUCAAGACCCUCACCGGGAAGACUAUUACCCUGGAGGUCGAGAGCUCCGACACCAUCGACAAUGUCAAGGCUAAGAUCCAGGAUAAGGAGGGAAUUCCCCCAGACCAGCAGAGGCUGAUCUUCGCCGGCAAGCAACUCGAGGAUGGCCGCACCUUAGCGGACUACAACAUCCAAAAGGAAUCUACGCUCCAUCUCGUCCUCCGCCUCCGUGGUGGGAUGCAGAUCUUUGUCAAAACCCUCACUGGGAAGACCAUCACCCUUGAGGUCGAGAGCUCGGAUACGAUUGACAAUGUGAAGGCCAAAAUUCAGGACAAGGAGGGUAUUCCUCCAGACCAGCAGCGUUUGAUCUUUGCUGGUAAGCAGCUGGAGGAUGGCCGCACCCUGGCGGAUUACAACAUUCAGAAGGAAUCCACUCUUCAUCUGGUGCUCCGCCUCCGUGGUGGCCAGUAAUUUCCGAUCUUAGAUAUGCUGCUGCCCGUACUGUCGUGGUCUCGUGUCUGGUGUCUGAAAGUCCUAGUCAGGUGUCCAUGUGUUUUGUCCAGUGUGUUCGUGGUGGGUUGACACCGAUUCAACCCUCUUGUUUUUCUUUUUAAGCCUCAUGGUUCUGUGAAAUCCAAAACUCCAAUGGAGCGGCAGUAAGUAUGCUAAUAAUAUUGUGGUCAAAAGCUGUAUUUGGUAUCAUAUAUGGUUUUCUCUGGCUUUAGCUUAUCAUAUUUGCUUGAUUUG